AUGGCUCAAGAAUACGAUGUUGUGGCUCCGCCGAAUGCGAAACGAAUGAAAACCGACAUGGCUUUUGAUGAGAAACGUGUGCUUUAUGUGGUUUUGGAGGGAUGCAGUUUGGAGACGGCGAAGGUGAGCAAAAUGAGCCUAAUUUUCAAAUUUGGAGCAAAAUGAGCCAAAAUUCGGAAAAUUUGAUGAAUUUUGAGCCAAAAUUCAGGUUUCCACGUGGAAAAUGAUGAAAUUUGAGCCAAAAUUCGAAAUUUAAUGAAAAUUGAGCCUAAUUUUGCAAAUUUGAAGCAAAAUGAGCCAAAUUUCAGGAUUCUACGUGAAAAAUGAUGAAUUUUGAGCAAAAAUGAGCAUUUUUGAUGAAAAAUAAGCUAAAAAUUCGGAAAAUUUGAUGAAUUUUGAGCAAAAAAUUUGAAAAAUGAGCAUUUUUGAUGAAUUUUGACCUAAAAUUCGAAAUUUAAUGAAAAAUGAGCCUAAUUUUGAAAUUUGGAACAAAAUGAGCCAAAUUUCAGGAUUCCACCUGGAAAAUGAUGAAUUUUGAGACGAAAUUUGGGAUUUUUCAUGAAAAAUGAGCCAAAAUUCGGAAAAUUUGAUGAAUUUUGAGCAAAAAAUUUGAAAAAUGAGCAUUUUUGAUGAAAUUUGAGCCAAAAUUCGAAAUUUAAUGAAAAUUGAGCCUAAUUUUGCAAAUUUGAAGCAAAAUGAGCCAAAUUUCAGGAUUCCACCUGGAAAAUGAUGAAUUUUGAGACGAAAUUUGGGAUUUUUCAUGAAAAAUGAGCCAAAAUUCGGAAAAUUUGAUGAAUUUUGAGCAAAAAAUUUUAAAAAUGAGCAUUUUUGAUGAAUUUUGACCUAAAAUUUGAAAUUUAAUGAAAAAUGACCCUAAUUUUGAAAUUUGGAACAAAAUGAGCCAAAAUUCAGGUUUCCACGUGGAAAAUGAUGAAAUUUGAGCCGAAAUUUGGGAUUUUUCAUGAAAAAUGAGCCAAAAUUCGGAAAAUUUGAUGAAUUUUGAGCAAAAAAUUUGAAAAAUGAGCAUUUUUGAUGAAAAAUGAGCCAAAAUUCGAAAGUUAAUGAAAAAUGAGCCUAAUUUUCAAAUUUGGAGCAAAAUGAGCCAAAUUUCAGGAUUCCACGUGAAAAAUGACGAAUUUUGAGCAAAAAUGAGCAUUUUUGAUGAAAAAUGAGCUAAAAUUCGGAAAAUUUGAUGAAUUUUGAGCAAAAAAUUUGAAAAAUGAGCAUUUUUGAUGAAUUUUGACCUAAAAUUCGAAAUUUAAUGAAAAAUGAGCCAAAUUUUCAAAUUUGGAGCAAAAUGAGCCAAAAUUCAGGAUUCCACCUGGAAAAUGAUGAAUUUUGAGACGAAAUUUGGGAUUUUUCAUGAAAAAUGAGCCAAAAUUCGGAAAAUUUGAUAAAAUUUGACCUAAAACUUUAGGAUGUUCACAUUUUCCCACCAAUUUUCAGGUCGGUGGUGAAUAUGUGAUUUUGAGCAGCGAUAAACAUGCCAACUUUUUGAGAAAACAGAAAAAAGACCCGUCGGACUAUAGACCGGAUAUUUUGCAUCAGGUUGGUGAAAUUUUCAUGAAAAAUGAGCCCGGAAUCGUGGAGCAUCGUUGAAAACUCGAGAAAACUACGAUGCUCCGCGUUGACGCCGUCAGAAAUGGUCAAAAACUGGUUUUUCAAACGAUGCUUCGCGUUUGCACCUCUAAAAAUUCAAAAUUCCCCCAAUUUUUCGCAGCGUAAACGUGGAGCAUCGUUUAAAAUUCGAGAAAACUACGAUGCUCCGCGUUUACACCUCCACAAAAUCUUCUUGCAGUGCCUCCUGAAUCUCCUUGACAGUCCUCUAAACCGUGCCGGAAAACUUCGAGUAUUUUUCCGAACUUCGAAAAAUGUUCUGGUCGAUGUGUCGCCACAGUGCAGAAUUCCCAGAACUUUCGAUCGAUUUUGCGGUCUGAUGGGUGAGUUUAAGCCAAUUUUCAGCCAAAAAAACAGAAUUUUUCACUGAAAUCUUGAUUUUCAGUGCAACUUUUGCACAAAUUAUCGAUUCGCGCAGCUGAAACCACUCAAAAAUUGAUGUCUGUUGUCAAAAAUCCGGUCACUAAUCAUUUACCGGUUGGAUGUCGCAAAAUUUUGAUGUCUUUUAAUGUUGAGGUGAGGAUUUUUGACCUUAGAGACGUUAAUUUUGACCUUAGAGACCUUAGGGACGUUAAUUUUGACCCUAGAGAACUUGGGGACGUUAAUUUUGACCCUAGAGACCUUAGGGACGUUAAUUUUGACCCUAGAGACCUUAAGGACGUUAAUUUUGACCUUAGAGACCUUGGGGACGUUAAUUUUGACCUUAGAGACCUUGGGGACGUUAAUUUUGACCUUAGAGACCUUGGGGACGUUAAUUUUGACCUUAGAGACCUUAGGGACGUUAAUUUUGACCCUAGAGAACUUGGGGACGUUAAUUUUGACCCUAGAGACCUUAGGGACGUUAAUUUUGACCCUAGAGACCUUAGGGACGUUAAUUUUGACCUUAGAGACCUUGGGGACGUUAAUUUUGACCUUAGAGACCUUAGGGACGUUAAUUUUGACCUUAGAGACUUUAGGGACGUUAAUUUUGACCCUAGAGAACUUGGGGACGUUAAUUUUGACUCUAGAGACCUUAGGGACGUUAAUUUUGAACCUAGAGACCAAAGGGACGUUAAUUUUGACCCUAGAGACCUUAGGGACGUUAAAAACCCUAAUUUUCUUCUAGGAAUGCACAUUGGCCAAUAAAUUGGUAACACCAGAAAGUGAAGAAUCGCUAGUUGUGGUAAUUGGAGGAAUUGCGAGAGGAAAAGUGAGUUUUUGGCUGAAAAUGUUCAAAAUUUGGCUGAAAAUGGUGAUUUUCAGCCAAAAAACCGUGAUUUUCACCCCAAAAACCCCAAAAAUUUUCAGAUUAGCGUGGAUUACACGGAUUCCGAGACGAAAAUCAGUAAUUAUCCACUUUCGGCAGCUUUGGCUUGCGCAAAAGUCACCAGUGGAUUAGAGGAAAUUUGGAAUAUUAUUUGA